AUGGAUGACCUUAAUGUUAUACUGUCAGAGACCAACAACAAUAUUGUGGUCAUGCCGCUGCCAUCGUCGACAACGGUGUCAACUUCCAACAAUCCCAUAGAUUUUGAAGCUUUUUUUGAUCUCGACGAGGCUCUUGCGAUGACAGGAGAAUCACGCCUCCCAUUUGUGGCGUGGAAGACCUUCGUUUCCAACUUACCGGCGGUUAACGACGUCAAGGACGAUGAUGUUUGUUCCGUUUGCAUGGAAGGCUUUGACCACCACAAAUCAGGUGGUGGAAACAAACGAGUCCCAUGCGGUCACGUGUACCACUCAAACUGCAUAACCGUCUGGCUCGAGCACUGCAAUUCUUGCCCGCUUUGCCGCCGCCAUGUCUCCCUUCAGCUCUAA